CACGAGUUGGAUUACUUGUACUUGCUUAUACUAUGGUUUAGAACUGGCGCCAGUCGCUGCAACAGUGUAAAUCAGCCAUAUCUUGGAGAAAAAUUCGAAAGUCUACAAUCGCGGUCUGGAUAGAUUUGUUUUUCCCCGUCACGUAAUCUAUGACAAACGUAUGCGACGAGAAUAUAUUAACACUCUGGAGAGAGUAGAUAUUUGGAAUGCAAAGUACCAGCAACGAAAGAAAUUCAAGAACCGCUUUAUCGGCGAGUUAGGUUUAAAAGAUCAAUUCAAACUUCCUAAAGACGAAGAGAGCGAGCCGUCAUGGCCUUGCGUGCCUAGAAAACGGUCAUAUUUAUCCACGGCUUGUAAUAUUUUGAGCCUUCCCAAUUACAGUUAUGCUCGUUUUCCAGAGAUCAUCGACUGGAGUACGGGCAAUAUCAUAGUAGUGGGUCUGGGCAACAAUUAUCAUAUGUUCAGCUGGCAAAGCCAGAGGCUGACAGGUCACGGUGUUACCGGGAGUAAGAUUAACUGCUGUAAGUUUAAUCCACGUGGAGACGUGUUGUUGAUAGGAACAAAUGCUAACUUCGUGGAGCUACACGACGAAACAUUGGUCAAAAGCUCUCCAAACGCUUAUUGCAAAUGUGCAACAGUGGGCCACGACAUCUGUACCAUCACCAGCAUAGAUUGGAGCCCUACCGGCAACUCUUUCGUCGUAGGCUGUUCACAAGGGGCAGUAAGUGCGUUUGACCAAUUUGGACUCCACUGCAGUCGCUGGAAAGACAAAGGCCGGUCGGACAUCAUAGCGGUGAGGGUGUCUCCCGACGCUCGUUACGUUGCCGUGGCGUCCAUGAAGUCCGCCGUUGUGCAUUUACUAUUGUGGCCGUCGUUGCAGUACUAUUCCAAUGUGGACGUCGAUGAUUCGUAUGUCAAAUCUGUAGUCUGGCAUCCCUGGCGCAGCGCGCUACUGGGAGUGGGCGUAGCAGUCUCCGACUAUCGGACAAUAGUCAUCAUGUGGGACACCCCAUCGAAUAAACUGCACACAGAUCUCGCAACCUACUACAAAUACAAUUUAGAUUGCAUGCUGUUCAGCCACAGGACUGGAGAGAUGGUGCUCAGUUUGUGGGACCCAGCCAGGUCAGUGCAACACCCGAAGGCUUCUACGCAGUUGUUCGUGAUAAGUGACCCGACAACGGUAGUGGACCAGUCGGGCGAUGGCCGCGGCGACGUGGACCGCGUGCAGACCAUGGUGUUUAGCCCUGACGGGACUAAACUGGCGACAGCUACUGCCGACGAAGACUUGUUAAUCUGGAACUUUCUCCCGGAAGAUAAAACUAAAAAGAAAGUAACAAAAUCGAGGAGAUUCUCAACUAUGCCGGUGUACAUGGACCUGACAACACAGGGAUUUGUUUUACGUUAAAAUAUUUUAAGAAUUUUGUAAAUUUUAAGUCGCUAUUGGUUGAAUAAAUAUUUUAUAAUGUAUUUAAAUAAAGUUAAUUUAUAAUGAUCAUGAAU